CUGAGGCUAGAUGCUGAAAGUCCUUCAGAUAAACCUCCACAAAAGUAAAAACGCCUCAGCCGAGCUCCUGCUCAACAUAGAGGGAGUCGGCUACGAUGUGGCUCUAGUCCAGGAACCAUGGAUAGCGUCGGGCAACAUAGUCUCCGGUCUAAAGUCACAAAACUACAACACAUACAUCCCGAUUGUAAAAAAUAAGGUAAGAACAGCGAUAUUAGUCAAAAAAAGUAUAUGUUCUUAUAUUGAUCACAAUCUCUCUUCAGACGAUCUGACAGUGGUGGCGCUGGAGGGCUGCAAGGAUGAGACGCUACUCUUUGGGUCCUGCUAUAUGCCACAUGAUGAGGAAGCACCACAAGCGGAACUUCGGAAGCUGGUAGAAACAGCUGCCAGAAAGAAGCAUGCUCUGGUGGUAGGGACGGACGCAAACGCACAUCACACAGUCUGGGGAAGUGCAGACAUAAACGACCGAGACACCGAUGAUGAUGAACGUCCUGGUCGUCCAAAUGAGACAGUUACUCCAGAAAAUAUUGAAAAAACCCUCAAAACCAUCAUGGGAAAUCGCAAAGUGAAGUUGCAAGAGAUAGCUGACAUCCUGAAGAUAUCAAAAGGCAGUGCGUUCACUGUUUUGCACGAACAUUUGAUUAUGAAACAGCUGUUGUCGAAAUGGGUGCCCCGUUUGCUCACGCCGGAACUAAAAGAACUACGAAUUGACGAUUCAAAUCGCUUUGGUCAUUAUUAA